CAAGCCAUAUAUUUCGCCAAUAUUAGUGUCAGUUUUCCACUCUGCUCCAAAAAGAGAAAGCAGAGGUAAAUGACGGAAAAUUGACUUGGUCAGAGAGGUACUAUUUUGUUCUUUUUCCUGGUCAUGGCCUACCAAGACUUUUCUGUAGUAUGCAAAACCGCGGACCUGUAAAAGUGUCUUGGUCAUGACUUGUGUAGUUAAUUUAUUAAGGAACACUUGCAUAAUAAGGAAGAGAAGUUAAUGUAUUUAGUCGCAGAGUAGUCUGUAGUUGAAGUCAAAUCCGCGUAUCAAAACAAUUCCGCCUUCCAUUCCACCAUGUGAAUCGAACUGCUUCGUUUUUGACUGAAAUAAUUGCUCUUGCACAAGUCAAUGAAGAAUUAAGGAUAAAACUGGAAGAGAAAAUGAACCACGAGAAUCCAACCUCUCUUCUGAGAUCAGUUAAAAGUAAAACAACAGCUUGUUGAAAGUAAAGCUCGCUUCCGGCUUAACCAAGAUGGCUGACCCUGCUCUCUCUUUUGUAAUUCAGAGAACUGGCGAUCUGCUGGUUCAAAAAAUUGUUUUCCUGAAAGGCGUUCGACGACAAGUUGAGAGGCUUCAAAAUGAUCUGGUCCGGAUGCGGUGUUUCCUGAAAGAUGCUGAUCAGAAGCAAAUUGAAGAAGAGAGGAUCCGCAACUGGGUUUCUGAAAUCAGAGCUGCUGCCUACGAUGCGGAGGAUGUCAUCGAGAUCUUUGCCAGCAAAGUUGAGUUCUUCACAAAGGACAAGGGACUCGUCACCAAAUUGACGUAUUAUCCCUUGAAAAUUGUGAACCUCUACAAGAUAGGCAAAGAGAUUGAAUCCUUACGGAUGAGGCUCAAGGAGAUUGCUGACAGCCGUGAAAAAUACGGUAUCAAAAAUCUUGGAGUGGGGACGAGUACACAUGGAGAAGAGCUUCAACGGCUCCGGCGGUCCUCUCCUUUCAGCGACGAAAAGGAUGUAGUGGGCUUCGGGGAGAUAACAAAAUCGCUGGUGGCAGAACUUUUGAAAGAGGACAGAAACCGCCGCGUCGUUUCAAUCAUUGGCAUGGGAGGUGCUGGUAAGACAACUCUAGCCACAAAAGUUUAUAACCAUGCUGAUGUUAGGGAGAGAUUCAACUGCCGUGCUUGGGUAUGUGUCUCUUCAAGCUACGAUUACAAAAAGAUGCUGAGGGCAAUCAUAAAGCAACUGAAUCCAAUAACUAAUGAGCUACUUGACAUGUUGGAAAAGAUGGAAGAGGAAGACUUGGAACGAAGGCUCUAUCAAGAUCUACAAGACAAAUGUUAUCUUGUGGUGCUUGAUGAUGUAUGGGAGGUAGCAGCGUGGGAUUGUCUUGCCAGGAGGGCCUUUCCUGAUGUUGGCACAUCAAGUAGAGUGCUACUUACAAGUCGCAAUCGGGAUGUUGCCCAACACGCUGAUGCUUAUAGACACCCGUAUGAGUUGAAAACUUUGGGGCAGGAAGACAGCUGGCAGUUGUUUCUCAAAAAGGCCUUAGGCCACGGAGCUAAUGCUGGGUGUCCUUCGGAUUUGGAAGAAGUAGGCAGAGAGAUUGCAAGGAGAUGUGGCGGUCUACCACUGGCCAUAACGGUUAUAGGUGGCCUGCUACUAGGCAAGAAUAAGUAGAAUACUGAAUGGGAGAACGUUGUCAACAACUUUGGCGCAUACCUAUCAAGGAGCCAGAGCGAAGCAGGGAAAAUUAGUGAAGCAGGGGCAAUUCUGGAAUUAAGUUAUGCAGACCUCCCUGCCAAUCUGAAAUUUUGCUUUUUGUAUUUGGGUUUGUUUCCCGAAGACUCCGUGAUUUCUGUGCACAAGUUGAUCCAUAUGUGGGUUGCUGAGGGAAUAAUGCAGAAAAGAGAUGCAAAAAAUUUGGAGGAAACUGCAGCAUAUGAAGAUAUGGAGCGACUUUGUAGCAGAAAUAUGGUCCAGGUGGCGGAAAUGACGGUUGAUAAGAGGAUUAAAAGCUGCAGAGUCCAUGAUUUACUGCGAGAGCUUGCAAUCAGAAAGGCAGAGGAUGAAAUUUUUUUUCAAAUCCAUGGCACCAGAGAUGAUAAAAUAUCAGCCAAAUCCAGGUACCUUGCUGUUCAUAGUCUCCCUCUGGAUGAAAAUUAUUUUGGGUCUUCGACCCCUCCUCUCCGGUCUCUACUUUUUUUCAAUGUCCACUGGGAAAACAUUAGUCUUAUCUUCAAAAGUUUCAGAAAGCUUAGGAUGCUAGACCUAGAGAAUGUUGGGAUGGAUUAUUUGCCAAAAGAAAUUGGUGAAGUCAGGCUUCUAAGGUACCUCGGUUUAAGACACACAACCAGUCCCAGGCUCCCUCAUUCCGUCGGUUGCUUGCGAUACCUACAAACUCUUGACAUAUGGACAAGGAAAGUCCCAAAUUGGAGAGUGAAAGUUUCAAAUUUCAUUUGGAAGCUUGAAAGUUUACGGCAUCUAUAUGCGCGUUAUAUGGAAUGUGAUGUGCCUCUUAAGAUUGAAGGAUUGAGGAAUCUCCAGACUUUGUCACGCAUACGCUUUGAUGAUAUCAUGCAUAAUGACAUGAUAACUCUGACAAGUCUUCAGAAACUGGGGAUUUGGGUGGAUGACAGGUCAGACAUAGACAAACUCUGUCUGCAUUUAUCUGAGGUUGGAAGCCUAAAGACGUUACGUCUUUGUCGGUAUUCGGGAAAUCCAGGAUCUCAAGGUGGAUUUUCUAAGCUCCGUCAUGUAACAGAGCUUAAGCUAUCCAAUUGGACAAUGCUGCCUCCUGAUUUCCCUCCAAAUCUCUCUCGCUUGUCUUUGAAAUACGUAUUUCUCGAGGAUGACCCAAUGCCAGUACUGGAGAAGUUGGGACAGCUGUCGUUCCUCAAAAUGAAAUUUGCACACGUGGGGCCACAGCGUAUGGUCAUUUCUAGGCAUGGGUUUCACCAAUUGAAAUUCCUUGAGCUCAACCACCUGUAUGGUUUGGAAGAAAUAAAGGUGGAGGAAGGUGCACUGCCACAGCUCCGGUGCCUGAGAAUCUGGGAGUGCUCCGAUUUAGCAAAAUUGCCGGAAGAGCUGAAGCACAUAUCUAGUCUUGAUGCGCUCGAGCUUGUGGACAUGCCAGAAGAUUUCAUCAGUGGGCUUGAUGCGGACCUGGUAUCCCGUGUCCCUAACCUCGGAAUAUUUUGACUCGCAGAAGGAAAGAAGAUCAAACGGAGAAUGCAUUCGCGCAUAGAAUGGAAGUUGAGAGAUUCAUUCCCCUCGUCCAUGCUGACAAAAUUUGCCGGACUGCAUUUGUUCGAAUGAAAUUGUCUCGUAGAAAUAAAUAAAUAAAAGGGCUAUAACCUGUUGCUAUCAUAUACAAAACAGGAGAGAGUAAUCUACCUCGACCCUACAUUGAGGUUUGGUCUUAUACUAUUGAGUGAUAAAAGACGCACAAAAUUAUGUGUCUUAAGAAAAUAUUAUACGAAAUCUGUAUUGAUCUGUACAAGUAUAUAUGGGGCCAUUGUUAUGAACUCUGACUUAUAAUUAUAUGGCUUCAUUUGUUUGCCUUUCAUUUC